CCUUUCUUUAAUCCUUGUCAAGUUUGACCUACUAUCAAAUAUGUUGAGUCUUUCUGCUUCCUUUCGUUCACUCACCCUCGCGUCGGCGACUGUGCCUAUCCAGGCCGUCCGCGCCAUGGCUACCAAAGCCGCCGGUUCUUCGACUGCCACCUCAACACGCGCCAAAAAGACUGAUUUAACUUUGAAGGCUACUAAAGAUGCCAAGACCACCAAGACCACCAAGACCAUCAAGGAAGCUUCGAACAAAAAGAUUCCCACUGAGGCUACGAAAUCCAAGAAAGCUGAACCCGUCAAACCAAAAAAGAUUGCGCCUCUAGAAUUGCCCAAACGCCCUAGUUCUCCUUGGACUUUGUUUUUCAAAGAGCACCUAGAUAAGGUUAAAGCCUCUGGAAAGACUGUUGUCCCCGUUCAAGAGACGGUAAAUGCCUCUGCUGCCUGGAAACAGCUGACUCCCGAUCAGAAGCAGGUCUACGAGGAUAGAUACAGGGCUAAUAUGGAGGACUUCAAGAGACAAAUGGAGCAGCGCCUUCAAGAGUUGACCCCUGCUGAGUUCGGACUCGAGAACUCUCGCCGUCGGGCUCUUCGUGCUACAGGCAAGAAGAAUUUACCUUCUCUUAAAGAUCCUAACGCUCCUAAACGUCCUCUCAGCUCAUUCUUCCGCUUUGUGCAGGAACAGCGUGCAGCUGGUGAAUUUGCGUCAUUGCCCGUUAAGGAGCGUACCAGGUCAUUUGCUGAUGCAUGGGCCAAGGUCCCGGAAUCGGAGAAGGCUCGUUAUGCCGAGCAAGCACGCAAUGCUCUUGCGGAGUACAAGGCUGCGAAGGCCGCCUACGAGGCGGAACGUCAAUAACUAAUUCCAUUAUGAAUCCACUAAGCCUUACCAUGUUGCCUUGUUCGCU